AAAAAAAUCAUUUGCUUGUAAACUCCUUUCAGCUAUGGUGGAUUUCUUAGUCCUCAUUCAUGUCAGAUUAAUGUUACCAUUUUGAUUUGUGGACUACAUUUUUUAGAUUUAAACCUUUCAAAAAGAUAAACCCAACAAAAAAAUUAUCAAAAUCAUGGACAGUAAUCAUGGUGGCAACAGAACAACAACCUACGAUAGUCUGAACCAGUCACCUGAUUGCAAAGCAGCUGGAUUGAAAGUGGCUAUGAUUGCAGCUUAUAUGUUGGGAUUCUUCUUCGUUGUUUUCCUCUGCAACUUUCUGCACAUUCUCUUGAGGCCUGUUUCUCAACCGCGUUUCAUCUCUGAAGCCAUUGUGGGACUUAGUCUUAGCAACCUACCUAUUAUUCGGCGUCAAAUUACUGCAGAAGUUGAACAAUACAUAACUUUUGUUGUUGAUUUCGGAAUGAUCUUCCAUCUGUUUGUGUUAGGGCUCGAAAUCGAUCCUUAUAUCUUCCUGCGUGUGCCAUUUCGCGAGGCGAAAGUCGCUUACUCAGGAGUGCUUACCACAUUUGUUUUUGCUUCACUGCUCUCACCAUUUCUGAAGAUAUCUAAAGUCUCUAAUUAUACCUUCAGCCUAUGCUUUUCUAUCAUACUUUGUGGAACUGCCUCCCCUUUACUAACUAGAUUGAUAACCGACCUUAAGAUUGGGAAGUCGGAUAUUGGAAGAUUUGUUGUUACAGCUGGUAUACAUUCUGACCUGAUCACUACUCUUCUCAUUUGUGUUGGUUAUGUCAUCUUCGAUCCCUUCGCCAGUUUUCGCAUUCGGGAGGCAAAACCCAUCCUUCUUAUGGUUUCUACCUUGGUGAUUCAGAUGGUUAUUGCAGCUAAACUCACUCCCUUGUUUAUGAACUGGGUAAAUCUUGAAAACCCUGAAGGGAAACCAAUGAAAGGCUCACAUCUAGUCCUUUCAGUUGCAUUUAUAGUCCUAGUUUGCAGUUUUUCGCCAUUGGUUGGCCAAUAUAACAAAGUAUUGAGCGCAUUUCUUGCCGGGCUUUUCAUGCCAAGGGAUGGAAGGAUAUCAAAAUUGAUCAUUGGGAAGGUGAACUACUUUACUACCACCAUCUUCAAUCCACUUCUGUUCUGUUGGGUAGGAACACAAGCCAGCUUUUCGAAGUUUGAAGCAGGCCAUGUAUAUACUUGGGCAAGGUUAUUCUUUUCCUUUUUCAUCACAGUAGCUGGAAAGGUUCUUGGAUCACUUGUCUCUGGCAUUGUUUUGGGAUUUCAUUGGCCUGAAUCAAUGGCCAUUGGCUUGCUUCUUAACAUCAAGGGCCGGUUUCACAUUUACUUAGCUUUAACUGCAGCGCAGAUGACUAUCACAACUUUUUCUACAAGCAUCGCGAUGGUAUUUACAACGUUACUUACAGUCAUCUAUACCCCGUUGAUUGUAGCGAAAAUAAUUGAACGUGCGAGGAAACGCUCACCAACGAAGCAAAUGGCCCUGCAAUGGCUCCAUCCAACGAAUGAGUUCCGCAUCUUGCUUUGCUUGCGCGGGAGCCAAAAUGUCACUUCUGCCAUUAAUUUUAUGGAGAUUUCUCGAGGACCGCCUGAUCCAGGGGUUAUGGUGUAUCUUACGGACAUGGUUGAACUGACAGAUAAAGUAGCUGCAACACUUAAACAAGGUGAAGGAGCAGAUGCUCUGAUUGUAACUGAUCCUGAAAUUGUGGAAAUGAGGGAUCAAAUCACACAGACAGUUGAUGCUUACCUGAGUGAUCUUAAGGAUGGCAUUCAACAAAAGCGAAUGCUUGCACUUUCAACCAUCAAUAGCAUGCACCAAGACUUGUGCAUUCUGGCAGAAGAUCUCAUGGUUUCCCUUGUUGUGUUGCCAUUUCACAAGCAACAGGAAGCAGAUGGCAAGCUCAACGGAGGUCAUUCGGGUUUUCGACACGUGAACCGUAAGGUGCUUCGCCAUGCCCCGUGUUCAGUGGGCAUACUGGUAGAUAGGGGCCUCGGUAUAACAAUGAUUACGAGAUCAACAGUAUCCCUUAAUGCAGCAGUCAUUUUCAUCGGAGGCAAAGAUGAUCGCGAAGCACUAGCCUACGCUGGGCGUGUGGCACGUCAUUCAGGAGUAAAACUCACAGUUAUAAGGUUUCUGUUGGAGGUCAGUGGGGACAGUGUCUCAUCAAGAAUCACCAUUGCAAAGGCCAACUCUACCGCGCAUGUAGAAGAAAUGAAGGUGGAUGAUGAGUGCUUCGCCGAGUUUUAUGACCGGCAUGUUGCUGGUGGCCGUGUUGCUUACAUGGAAAAAUACCUAGUUAAUUCUGGACAAACAUUUUCGACACUGAGAUCACUCGAAGGACAGUAUGGCCUGUUCAUUGUAGGUAGAGGUGGUAGAGUAAAUUCAGUUUUGACAGUAGGGAUGAAUGAUUGGGAGGAAUGUCCAGAACUUGGUCCUAUUGGAGACAUUCUUUCGGCUUCUGAUUUCUCAGUCACGGCCUCUGUAUUAGUUAUCCAGCAGCAUAACCUUAGAGGAGAACUAGAUGGACUACAAGAUGAAUUUUCAAUCAUGUAACACUCAAAAAAAGGAACUAUUGAAUCUGAAUAUAGACAAGGAUUGACAACUAAACAAUGCAGGAUUGUAGACGUGAAAGCUGAGUUCGAAAGAUUUUGGUAGUCCUCUACUUGUGUGAUUUCAAUUUAACUACAAGACAUAAUUUAAACCUUACUUCAUUAUUAUAACCUAUUCAC